ACUUGCUCAUCAUGUGGCUGCUGUUGGGACUCUGCUUCACCUCCUCACUCAUCCACUCAGUUCAAAUGCUGAAGUGUUGGGACAAUUUUAAGUCAUUGAAAACUUGUCCUCCUAACCAGCCCUAUUGUUUUGUUUACAAGAGCUAUUAUGGCAUUAUAAGCAAUGAUUCCAUUUCUGUGCAGUCUUGCAUUGAAACGUGCCCUUUUUUAGGAAAAGCUUUUUCAUACAAUCUUGGGUAUCUUAAUGCAACUGCUUCGUGCUGCAACACAGAUGGCUGUAACAGGCUUGAUCUGCCUGAACACAGCACUGCCCCAACAGGAUUGAUAUGCAAGUCAUGCAACAGCAUAAACGAUGAUAAGUGUGACACACCCCUGCCCUGUGUGGGAAUCCAGGAAUGCUGCAUAGAUGAUUCAUCAUCAUCCAGCGGCACUUACCAAUGGAAAGGUUGUGGCUCAAAAAUGUUUUGUGAAGACUCAUUCAACACCAACUCUGGAAACAUGGGCCAGCCAAACACCAACCUUGGAAACCUGGGCAACCUUGGAAACCUGGGCAACCUUGGAAACCUGGGCAACCUUGGAAACCUAGGCACCAAAUGCUCAAUCCACAAUUUCAGUCUUCUACUGUUGAGUCUUAUAAGUGUAAUUUUCUUUUAGUGUCAAGUAAAGUCAAAUCGUAUUGGAAAAUAUUUUCUAAACAGUUUUUUCUUUAAAGGAGUGGUAAACCGGUUGUUAAUGAAGGUUUGAUUGUGUUUAUGAGGUGCGCUGUCACAUCUUAAUGCUGCUUUUUAAAAAUAAAAACACAUUAUUUUUCACAUCUUGCCUUUAUUCUACACCGCUGUUUCCAUUCUCCUAACAACGGGUAGUUUAGUUUCCGGUUC